CAAUCCCUUGGUGAAUAUUGACAUACAAAAUGAGCCGUCACGAUUCACAAUCCGCAAAAGCACUCAUUACGACUGCUAUUCCCGCUGAGAUCACUUCUCAGAUUAUAGAAUGUGUGAUUGCAGACGCUCAGCUACUGCCGAUAGGUGGCGGGGUAGGCAUGCGCAGGGCUCACCACCCAGUAGCAUCUGCUUCUCACGCUUUGCGAACGACCUACCUCAGUCACCCUUACCCAACAACCGCGAAACACAGAACAGCCGCUCCAAUCCACCUCAAUCUUGGCGAAGCCCUCUACUUUAACGACCUCCGGACCUUGGCUGCCUUCUUCCAGGAGGGCCCAGGUCAGGACAUCGCUCUGUCGCGCAAAGUUCGGUUUCUAAGCAUCUCCUACGUUGACCAUCACGCUGCCACGGACUGGCGGCGGCGAACGAUCGACUAA